AUGGCAGCUGCUGCUCUUCAGGACAAGUCCGCUGCUGCUGAAGCAGGGGACAACUCCUCUGCGGCUGCAGCAGGUGAGGCGCCAGCUGCAGCAGCAGCAGCAGCAGCAGGUGCUGCUGCAUCUCCAGCAGCAGCAGCAGCAGCAACGCCUUCACGAGAAGCAGAAGCGCAACUCGUCGAGUCGCCGGCACCGCCGGUUGCAUCAGCAGCAGCGGAAGCAGCAGCAGCAGUUGCUGCUGCUGCUGCACCGGCAGCAAGUUUCUUACCUGCUGCAGCGACAGCAGCGCCGAGAAGCGCCGAAAGUCCGACAGCAGCAGCAGCAGCAGCAGCAGCAGAUGCUCCAGCCGCAACAGAGGAGCAGCAAAGCGCUGCUGCAGCAGCUGUGGCGCUCGCAGGAGAGCUGAAGUUGCCGCUGGUGGCCUCGUGUCUGAGGGGAAUGGGUUUGGGGUCUCUUUCGAUAGAUGACUUGCCGUCUCCUCCCUGCAGCACAAUAUCUUCUGCUUCUUCUUCUCCCACAGCAGUGGCUGGCAGCAAGCAGCAGGCAGCAGCAGCAGCAGCUGCUGCUGCAGUUGCUGCUGCGUCUGCUGCCUCUGCGGGAGCGCCGUACCUUGACUUGGGGCAGCAGCCUGCUGCUGCUGUAGCAGCAGCAGCAGCAGCAAAUCCUUUCCCGGCUCUCACUCUAGGCCUGAGUCCCAGGAUCCCGCAGCUGCCGCAGCAGCCAGCAGCAGCAGCAGCAGCAGCAGCAGCAGCUGCAGCAGCUCAGGCGGAUCCGCUGCAGCAGCAGCAGCAGCUGGUGUUGCAGCGGCAGCAGCUGCUGCUGGCGUUCGCGAAUCAGCACCACCAGAUGCUGGGGGCUUUGCAGCAGCUUGGCGUGGCUCCUGCUGCUGCUGCUGCUGACGCUGCAGCAGCAGCAGCAGCAGCAGCGCCUCUGGGCAGCUGCGGCGCGUUGCUGUGUGAGCCAGCAGGAGGCUGCAGCAGCGGUAUCUCUGCGCCUGCGCGUGCUGCUGCUGCAGGUGCUGCCAGCAGCAGCGCAGCAGCAGCAGCAGCAGCUGCUGCUGCUGCAGCGUCCGCGGGGCUGCCGCCGGCUGUGGGGCCCCCUGGCCUUGGGGCUUUUGAUGCUGCUGGCUGCGCGGGGCCGUUGGCGGGGCUGGUGGCGAGCAGCAGCAGCAGCAGCAGCAGCAGCAGCAGCAGCAGCAGCGUGAGCCCGCUGGCUUCUC